GAUGGAGCUCGGAUAGGACAAAACAGGAGGCGCACGGUGCUCGACGAGCCACCUCUAAAUGCUCAUUUGCAACCACUUUAAAACAGCUGCGUCAAUAUUUGUUGGAUAUAUUCAAAUUACACAUCUCUCUCCACUGAAUCCUCUUAUGAGUAUCUAUUUAUUAAAUGUUCAUUAAGGAGGGGUGGCGGGAAAUGACCCAAAUUGUAGAUUUCCUUCUCCUCCUCGCUGCGCACGGGCACGCGCGUCGUAAGGAAGAAGAGGAGGGCGUCGGGGGCGCGCUUUCCGUGUCUGGUUAGUGGACUGACAGCCAGCUGUGCGGCUUCAACAACAAUCUCCUCUGCUACGUACGGCUAGAUUCUGGUUUUGGUCUGCCGCGGAUCACAUCUGUCCCCCUGCAGCUGGUCUUCCAAAGCCGAAGCUCGACAGUUUUGGCCCGUAUCGUCGCCGGGUUGUCUGCUAGCCAGCUAAGAAGAGCGUUUCCCCCCCAAACAUGAAUCCGUUGUGUGGCAGAUGUAAUCAAGUCGUUUACCCCACGGAAAAAGUGAACUGUCUGGAUAAGUACUGGCAUAAAGGAUGCUUCAGCUGCGAGGUCUGCAAAAUGACUCUAAACAUGAAGAAUUACAAAGGCUUCGAGAAGAGACCAUACUGCAACGCACACUACCCCAAGACAAACUUCACCUGUGUGGCCGAUACUCCAGAGAACCUCCGCCUCAAACAGCAGACCAAGAUGCAGAGCCAGGUUCACUACAGGGAGGACUUUGAGAAGAAUAAAGGCAAAGGUUUCAGCGUGGUGGCAGACACGCCGGAGAUGCAGAGAAUUAAGAAAACGCAGGACCAAAUCAGCAAUAUCAAAUACCACGAGGACUUUGAGAAGA